AUGGAGAACACAACAGGUCCAUCGGUAAUCAGCCCCACCAAUAAACCAGUCAACGGCAAGUUUGCUUAUUGGUCUGACAAUGAUGGGUCGGAGUCCGUUGAGUCGGCUCCCGACUUUUUGGCACCAUCUCAUUCAGAUCACCCUCCUACAGAAGUGGUUGACGGCAAUUCACCUGCCCCAGCCCAGCGGGCCAACGAUCCCUCUGCAACGGUCCUAGUUGACUCCCACUUGUCAAAGACUGAGCCUCCCAACCCUCCUCGACCUUCAGCUCCUCUGUCCGUGAAGCAACAACUCACUUAUGUUGCCGCCUCACAGAAGAAGGCUGCUAUUUGGACCAAGUACCUCUCUGAAGAAAUGAAAGCCCGCGAAGUGACACAGAUGAAUUUGACUGGGCUUCCUUGCUCAAACGCCCAGUUCCUCUGCGCUACAAUCAACUAUGAAUGGGAUGGUGACACAUCUGAGGGUGGUUCUAUUGAAAAGUGUUUCACUGAAAAAAUGGUCUUGGUUCUGUCUAUGGCUAUGGACAACGCUGAGGGCGACUUGGUCAUCCUUCCAGUGAGCGAACUCCGUGUAUGGGACAAGAAGUUGUGGCUGACCUCUAAGGAGAAAGUGGAGGAGCCCACCUACAAGAAGCUCAAGCCCUACAUUGACUGGUCCUGGAAUAAUGGCGCCCGAUUUGGCUACAACGCUAAGAACCCCGGCUCCAAGACUCUUCACACCCGCAUUUGCGUCGCCUAUAAUUCUUCUCUGGACGACAUGUCCCAAUUACUGGGUCAAUGUUUUGAGAUCACCGGCACGCAUGCAGGCAUCUUCUGUUCCCCGCUGCAAGUUAGUGAUCCUGUCCAAAUCGGUUGGCUAUUGAACUACCCCAUGGGAAUUGGGAGAUUGGCACUUGAACCUGAGCUCAUGCAUCGCUUCACCUUCAAGAGAGGUAUAGCCCUAGAACCUGCGUGGCCACAGAACCCCGGUACAGCGGGCCAAAAAUUGAUGCCCUCCAAGGGUCCAAAAGCGUGGCACAUUUGGGUAGCUGCUUCUGACGUGGAUAGAGUGGCACGGGCCCUCUUUGCAUGGCUCAGGCCAGAGACAAAGAAGUGUCACAUGCCGUUUGGUGCCCGGACUCAGUUUGUCUACGACUGGGGGGCGAUUACGAAGGGACACCUCGGUGACCUUGCGCAACCAGGGGGGCAGUGGAAUGGCAUCAUUGGGAAACUCAUCAACACCCAUGACACUACCUCCCAGACCUGCACCUCCCUGGCUCCACUGUUUCCUAUCCAAGGCAUGCUGACCAAGGUCUUCAUUCCCAAGUACUGCAAACAGGGCAAGGGCAAAUCCCUCCUCCAAUUCCUCUACGCAAUUCAGUGCAUACCAGCGGUCAAGAAACCUGCCCCUGCUAUGCCUGAACAAUCAGCCACACAGGAUGCCGACACACCAGACUCUCCAUUGCCACCUUCCGUGUCUUCUACUCCUCCCAAACUGACACUGACCAACCCAAGUGUAACUGCCUCCACCACAGCUCAGCCAACUCUACCCGCCUCAUCAACCAAGCGUUCCAGUCGCAAGGGGUCUAAGAACCGCCGGGCCAAGCAACCUCUUGAGAAACCUACGGAGACGCCUCAGGCUACUACCCUCACCCCUCUCCCAUGGCCAACUCCGGCACUGAAGUCUCCACCCCAGGCAGCAACCAACCCUCCCACGGCGUCUUCUGCUCAGGCGAAACUUUCUGCAUCUGAGCAGCCCCUGGUCACUGAGGCAUUUGAUUGCAGCGCAUGGCUGGCGGCAAUGGAUGCGGAACUGAACCAGGGCCCAGCCGAGUAUGAGCGGGACGUCAAUUUGGACCAGCAAGUGGAGAAGGAUGAUAAUGAGUGGAUUGAGAAGCUCCUCGCGGCAGAGCAGGCUUCUCCGGAAUUUGAGGGCACCAUCACAAUUGGCCUGUCGAUGCCAGCUACAAAGGAUAUGGAUGAUGGGGCUACAGUAGGCAGCGCGGCAAAUAUGGCAGCACUAUUGGAGAACAUGAAAGCGGAUGUCAACGACCUUUGCACGGAACUAGAGACUGCGGCGGAAAAACUGGCUCAAGCUAAGGAUGUGGAGGCUGCCAAGGAUGCUUGUAUCCUUGAAUUGGAGGCCAAAAUGGCGGCACAAGCAUUGGUCACAGGCAAGCACCGUUCGUCAAGCCCCUCCUCCAGCAAGGCAACAUCAUCGGCUGACAGUGGG